AGGUUACUUUACUACCCAGGAUUGCAGCCAUGGAGUCCAUGCUUAACAAAUUGAAGAGUACCGUUACAAAAGUAACAGCUGACGUCACCAGUGCUGUAAUGGGAAAUCCCGUCACUAGAGAGUUUGAUGUCGGUCGACACAUUGCCAGUGGUGGCAAUGGGCUAGCUUGGAAGAUUUUUAAUGGCACAAAAAAGUCAACAAAACAGGAGGUGGCUGUUUUUGUCUUUGACAAAAAGCUGAUUGACAAAUAUCAAAAAUUUGAAAAGGAUCAGAUCAUCGAUUCUUUAAAACGAGGAGUUCAGCAGUUAACUCGGCUUCGACACCCUCGACUUCUUACUGUCCAACAUCCUUUAGAAGAAUCCAGAGAUUGCUUGGCAUUUUGCACAGAACCAGUUUUUGCCAGUUUAGCCAAUGUUCUCGGUAACUGGGAAAACUUACCUUCCCCUGUCUCUCCAGACAUUAAGGAUUAUAAACUUUAUGACGUAGAAACCAAAUAUGGUUUGCUUCAGGUUUCUGAAGGAUUGUCGUUUUUGCAUAGCAGUGUGAAAAUGGUUCAUGGAAAUGUCACUCCUGAAAAUAUAAUUUUGAAUAAAAGUGGAGCCUGGAAAAUAAUGGGUUUUGAUUUUUGUGUAUCAUCAACAAAUCCUUCUGAACAAGAACCUAAGUUUCCUUGUAAAGAAUGGGACCCAAAUUUACCAUCAUUGUGUCUUCCAAAUCCUGAAUAUCUGGCUCCUGAAUACAUACUUUCUGUGAGCUGUGAAGCAGCUAGUGAUAUGUAUUCUUUAGGAACUGUUAUAUAUGCUGUAUUUAAUAAAGGGAAACCUAUAUUUGAAGUCAACAAGCAAGAUAUUUACAAGAGUUUCAGUAGGCAGUUGGAUCAGUUGAGUCGUUUAGGAUCUAGUUCACUUACAAAUAUACCUGAGGAAGUCCGUGAACAUGUAAAACUACUGUUAAAUGUUACCCCAACUGUAAGGCCAGAUGCAGAUCAGAUGACAAAGAUUCCCUUCUUUGAUGAUGUUGGUGCAGUAACACUGCAAUAUUUCGAUACCUUAUUCCAAAGAGAUAAUCUUCAGAAAUCACAGUUUUUCAAAGGACUGCCGAAGGUUCUACCAAAACUGCCCAAGCGUGUCAUUGUGCAGAGAAUUUUGCCUUGUUUGACUUCAGAAUUUGUAAAUCCUGACAUGGUACCUUUUGUUUUGCCCAAUGUUCUACUGAUUGCAGAGGAAUGCACCAAAGAAGAAUAUGUCAGAUUAAUUCUGCCUGAACUUGGCCCUGUAUUUAAGCAGCAGGAGCCAAUCCAGGCUAGCAACAUGAUUUUGUUGAUUUUCCUACAAAAAAUGGAUUUGUUAUUAACCAAAACCCCUCCAGAUGAGAUAAAGAAUAGUGUUCUACCAAUGGUUUAUAGAGCACUAGAAGCUCCUUCCAUUCAGAUCCAGGAGCUCUGUCUAAACAUCAUUCCAACCUUUGCAAAUCUUAUAGACUACCCAUCCAUGAAAAAUGCUUUGAUACCAAGAAUUAAAAAUGCCUGUUUACAAACAUCUUCCCUUGCUGUUCGUGUAAAUUCAUUAGUGUGCUUAGGAAAGAUUUUGGAAUACUUGGAUAAGUGGUUUGUACUUGAUGAUAUCCUGCCCUUCUUACAACAAAUUCCAUCCAAGGAACCCGCAGUCCUCAUGGGAAUUUUAGGUAUUUACAAAUGUACUUUUACUCAUAAGAAAUUGGGAAUCACCAAAGAACAGCUGGCUGGAAAAGUCUUGCCUCAUCUGAUUCCCCUGAGUAUUGAAAACAAUCUUAAUCUUAAUCAGUUCAGUUCCUUCAUUUCCGUCAUAAAAGAGAUGCUUAGUAGAUUGGAGUCUGAGCAUAAGACUAAAUUGGAACAGCUUCAUAUAAUGCAAGAGCAGCAGAAAUCUUUGGACAUAGGAAAUCAAAUGAAUACUUCUGAGGAGACAAAAGUUACAAAUGUUGGAAAUCAGCAAAUCGACAAGGUUUUUAACAGCAUUGGAGCAGACCUUCUGACUGGUGGUGAAUCAGAAAAUAAAGAAGAUGGGUUACAGAAUAAACAUAAAAGAACAUCACUUACACUUGAAGAAAAACAAAAAUUAGCAAAGGAACAAGAGCAGGCACAGAAAUUGAAAAGCCAGCAGCCUCUUAAGCCCCAAGUGCAUACACCUGUUGCUCCUGUCAAGCAGACAAAGGACUUGACAGACACACUGAUGGAUAAUAUGUCAUCUUUGACCAACCUUUCUGUUAGUACCCCUAAACUUUCUGCUUCAAGUACUUUCACUUCGGUUCCUUCCAUGGGUGUUGGCAUGAUGUUUUCUACACCAAUUGAUAAUACGAAGAGAAAUUUGACAAACGGCCUAAAUGCCAACAUGGGCUUUCAGACUUCAGGAUUCAACAUGCCGGUGAACACAAACCAGAAUUUCUUCAGUAGUCCCAGCACACCUGGAGUGAACAAGAUGGCUCUGGGGGCACCGCCUACGUUGCCAAACUUCAAUGCUUUGAGUGUCCCUCCUGUGGGGGCGAAGCAGACCCAACACAGACCCACUGAUAUGUCUGCCCUUAAUAAUCUCUUUGGCCCUCAGAAGCCCAAAGUUAGCAUGAACCAGUUGUCGCAACAGAAACCAAAUCAGUGGCUUAAUCAGUUUGCACCGCCUCAAGGCUCUCCAGGUGUGGGCAGUUCAGUAAUGGGAACUCAGAUGAACAUGAUAGGACAAUCCACCUUUGGCAUGCAGGGUAAUCCUUUCUUUAACCCACAGAACUUUGCACAGCCACCAACUACUAUGACCAGUAGCAGUUCAGCUAGCAAUGAUUUAAAAGAUCUUUUUGGGUGAGGAGUCUUGCUUCUGUUUUGAAGGAUUACUUCAGUUUUAAUCAUGGGUAAGCUGAACUACAUCUUUAUAUAGUUGGCUUGGGGGAACUACUUCUGUGGGAAAGUGAAUGGUUUUGUGACAGAAAACAUCUGUUUCUGUGCCGGCAUAGUAGUUGUAUGGACUUCCAACCAGUUGAGUUUUUUAAAGCAUUGAGGAUUUUCUUCCUCUUUUCACCUCCUCUUCAGGUUUUUAACGACCCAGACCUUACAAAUCUCAAAGAGAAAAAGGACAACUGAGUUAUCUUAAAUAGCAGGAUUUUUAAAUCAAAUAUUUAUUUUGGCUCAUGAAUCUUAUUAAAAAAAUUGAGUUGCUGGUCAUGCAAGCUCAUCAGUUAAGUACUACAUGAUACAUAGUCUACCUUCACAAGUCACUAGUCUUCAUUUUAAUAUUUGAAAAAUCUUGAUGCUGUUUUUAUUUGUUUGCAUCUAGUAUGACCGGGUAAGGAAAUGAUAAACAUAAAGAGAAGGAUCAGGUUAUUGACUUUUUCCAAAUUUAUUUACUUUUCGAUGAACUAGAAAAGACUGAGCAAAUCCUACAAAAUUUAAUUUACCUUGAUUUCAUUGGUUUAGACAUAUUAUUAACCGUCUUAAAUGCAAACUAAUCAUUGUAAAUUAUAUUUUAGCAUGGUCUGCCUCAAAUAGUAAUGUAUUUUUCUGCAUUCACUUGGACAUAUUUAGAAUCACUUUUUUCUUACUGUAUCACAGAAGAGGUAUGUACUGAUUUGUACAGAUAUCUGACAAAGCACUCUGAUGUGAUUUUCCUGACUACUACUGCCUUCAUAUUUCAUUUUAAAUUCAAAUUUCUGAGGUUGCACCAUAUAUGAAUUGCAUUUUCAAAAAGAGAUUUGUAAGAAUUAAACUAUAUUUAAUGAGUAAACUUUUGAGAUUUCUGCUGUAUUAUUUCAAAUGCAAUAAACUUUACUUCUCUAAAAAUGAGCAGUUGUAUCUUCUGGCUGCCAACAGAUUAAUUUUCAGCUUGUCAUGAUAGUCUGAACCUCUUUUCUAGGAAUUUCGGGAACCUUUUGUUUGAACAUUUUAAUGCCCAUAAUUAGCCAUUUUUAGGGAGGAAAGAAUAAAUUAUCCUAACAAGAAUCAUGCAUUAUUUUUCAAAAUCUGUCUCUGAUAGUUUUCUUUAAUUUGCUGAUUAUUCAACCACAUGGCCUUAUACUGUGAACGUUGUUUGUAUUUUUUAAAAUUAUAUUCCACUGUCAGGUGAUAACUUUAAACCUAUCUUUUAAAGAACUAUAUGUGUAUUAUAGUUGCUGCCAUAGAAUUUGUGGAUUUUAGUGAUCUGGAACCAGCAAUCAUUUAAAAUAAAUUGUAUGAAGUUUAGUGUACUCAUUGACUAUGAAUAUUCCCUGAAAAUAUAUACACAUACGUACACAAUAUAUGUAUAUUUAUAUACAGGACUUGAUUACAGAAUAUUAUUUGAUGACAUAACUGGCAGCAUUCAGUUAAGAGGAUACUUUUUAAAAACUCACUUUCACAUCUAGUUUCUGUGUGAGCUGCACUUGCUUACAUGGUUUUAGAAAAAUAACUGAUAGAAAUGCUAAAAACUCAUCCAGGAAAUGAAAAACGCUAGGAGGAUCAAAAUGUUUUUGUCAAAUACAUUCACAACUUGAACAGAUUAGCUGUCUUGUUUAUAACAAUAUUAAUAUAUCUUUUGGGGGAAAAGCUUACAUACGGGAUAAAAUUGCUUAAUGUUGAAUUCUUCAUUGUUAACAAUUCCGUAGUCACUGUUUAUUGAGAAAUUGUUUUUUAUUUUGUAAAAUCACGUGACGUCAAUGUUGAGCUCCUAAUUAGAAAGAAAACAGUACAACAGCUUAUAUAACUUGAACUUCUAAAUAUGAAAGUAAUUAUUUGAAAAAAUAGAAUUAUGUAAAAUUUGCUCAUUGGUUGAGGUAACGGUGCUACAUUUUUACGAAAUUGUUCCUACCCUUUUAUUCUACUUUCUCAAAGGUAUUUUAUUUAAAUCAUUUUCGUCAAUUGAGCUGUUACCAUUGCCUUUUUCUGUUGAGAAAUUGCCUCUGAAAAUAGUGCUAUUUUUAGACUUCAGCGUUCCUGUGUGAAUGAAACUUUCAAGUACUAGCUCACCUUAAAUUAUUUCAGGAAAUGAAGCCAGUUUGAAGUCCAUUAUGCUUAGAGUAGAAAACUGGUAAGUUAAAGACCAUCUGCUGACAAAAGUGACAACGAAUUUCCCUUUCAUUUGAAUUGGUUUUUUGUUCUCCUAAUGCUAAAAUGUGUGAUAACAUGUAGAAGAUGUGUAAAAGAAAAUGGAAACAGACUAUGUACUUGUCUGGUUUUUGUUGGUUUUGUUUUAGAAUGCUUAUCACCCUCCUUUUUCACUGGUUAAGGAAGUAGUUUUUUUUAACCUGUGCAAUACCUCACAUGGUUGUUUUUACAUGUGAAAGGAAAAGGCAUAUGUGAAAAUACCUGAUAUCAAGCGAAAGAUGCACCAAAUAAAUUUUAGCUUUGAUAAA